GCCUCGGAAAGCCCGAUCAAACACUCGCAUCAGGCUCUUAUCAUCAUCAUCUUCUUCUUCCUCCCGUGCUCGCCCCACGUCGCUUCACCUUUCACAGUCAUCCAUGGAGUCUCUCUCCAUCAUCCUCUCAUCUUCCUCGUUUCCGUUCCUAAACCACCCCAAGACCCUCAGACCCACCUCCUCCAAACUCGCCCCUCUCCCUCUGCCCUCCACUUCGACCCCGAAAAAUCCUCACUUCUUUCUCCUCGAGAGCCGCCGUCCCUUUCCUCGGCACUUGACCAGAGCCCAUCUCUGUUUUCCCCUGUUUCACCUCUUCGGUUCUCUCCCUUCCCUCGCCGCCGAGGACGUCGUCUCCCCUGCCGCCGACCAGGUCUCGGACAGGAUCAACCUGGAGUCAAUCGUGGUCUCCAUCGACGACUUCUUCAACAGGAACCCGUUCUUCGUUGCUGGGUGUGCCUUCAUUUGGCUCGUGGUGGUUCCCGUGGCGGAGUAUUACUUGAGGAAGUACAAGUACGUCUCUGCCAUCGAUGCGUUCAGGAAAUUGAGGGACGACCCGGAUGCGCAGCUCCUGGAUAUCAGGGACAGGAACAGCUUGGCGGCCAUGGCGCCUCCUGGUUUGAAGUACAUGAGCAAGAAUGUGGUUCAGGUUCAGUUCGACGAGGGACGUGAGGAUGAGUUUUUGAAGGCUGUUGUGGCGAGCUUCGAGGACCCUGCAAAUACUGUCAUCUGUAUUCUGGACAAGUAGUUUCGAUGGCAAUUCGAUGAAAGUUGCAGAACUAUUGUUCAAGAAUGGCUUCAAGGAGGCGUAUGCAAUCAAAGGAGGGGUUAGAGGCGAGAAAGGGUGGUUGGCCAUACAAGAAUCCCUUU